UUAUGAAAACAGUGAAAUAUUCCCAAGUUCCAUUUCACUGGGAGCUGCACUGUUCCUUCCUGUUUCAGUGCCGAGCGCCGCCGCACCGCAGCGGACCGGGAACACGGUGGUCUCAGCGCGACUAUGAGCGGAGCCUCGAGCAGGAGCACCGGCGGCGGCUUGGUCCACGGAGGAGUGCUCGUCCAGCAGUGAGCUCCAGCGUCGGCGAGAGCUCCGCGGCAGGAGAAGGCCUGUUCGUCCCUGAGUCCAUGCUGCGCGCUCCUUCAUGGCGGAGACGAAAAUCAUCUACCACAUCGACGAGGAGGAGACUCCGUAUCUGGUCAAGCUGUCCGUCUCGCCGGAGAGAGUCACCCUAGCCGAUUUUAAAAAUGUCCUCAACAACCGGCCGGUCAACAGCUACAAAUUCUUCUUCAAAUCCAUGGACCAGGAUUUUGGGGUUGUCAAAGAAGAGAUUUCUGACGACAACGCCAAGCUGCCCUGCUUCAAUGGGAGAGUGGUGUCCUGGUUGGUGCUGGCUGAGAGUGCCCACUCCGAUGGAGGGUCCCAGUGCACGGAGAGCCAUCCCGAGCUGCCUCCUCCUCUUGAGAGAACAGGGGGCAUCGGGGACUCCCGCCCCCCUUCCUUUCAUGCUAAUGCGGUGAGCAGCCGUGACGGCCUGGACACCGAGACAGGGACGGAGUCUUUGUUGAGCCACCGGAGAGAGCGAGAGCGGGAACGAGCCCGGAGGAGAGCCAGAGAGACGGAGCUCCCUCGCAUCAACGGUCACUCCAAAUCUGAGCGCACGGCGAGAGACUCGGCGAUGGGCUACGACAGCACGUCGGUGAUGAGCAGUGAGCUGGAGUCCAGCUCCUUCGUAGACAGUGAGGAAGAUGAAGAUGCCAGCAGACUCAGCAGCACCACAGAACAAAGUUCAUCUUCACAGCUCAUGCGCCGACACAAGCGGCGCCGGCGGAGGCACAAAGUGGCGAAAAUAGACCGGUCCUCGUCCUUCAGCAGCAUCACCGACUCCACCAUGAGCCUCAACAUCAUUACCGUCACACUAAACAUGGAAAAGUACAACUUUUUAGGAAUCAGUAUUGUCGGGCAAAGCAACGACCGGGGAGACGGCGGCAUCUACAUUGGCUCCAUUAUGAAGGGAGGAGCCGUAGCUGCCGAUGGCCGAAUAGAACCUGGAGACAUGCUCCUCCAGGUGAACGAUGUCAACUUUGAGAACAUGAGCAAUGACGAUGCUGUGAGGAUCCUGCGGGAGAUAGUUUCCAAAACCGGUCCUAUUAGUCUGACUGUUGCCAAAUGUUGGGACCCAUCACCCAGGAGCUAUUUUACCAUCCCUCGUGCCGAGCCAGUGAGACCCAUCGACCCAGCUGCCUGGAUCUCACACACCACGGCUCUGACCUCACCCUACCCUCACUACGGAACAGAGUUCGACGACUUGCCGCUUUCGACAAGUAAAACAGACAUGGCCACCAUCGUCAAGGUGAUGCAGCUACCCGACUCUGGCCUGGAGAUUCGAGACAGAAUGUGGUUGAAGAUAACCAUCGCAAAUGCCGUCAUCGGGGCUGACGUGGUGGACUGGCUGUACUCCAGAGUGGAGGGGUUCAAGGACCGCCGGGACGCUCGGAAGUAUGCCAGCAGUCUCCUGAAGCACGGCUACCUGAGACACACGGUCAACAAGAUCACCUUCUCCGAACAGUGCUACUACACUUUUGGUGACCUCUGCCAAAACAUGGCGUCGCUUAAUCUCAACGAGGCUUCCAGUGGAGGCGGUUCUGAGCAGGACACUCUGGCACCUCUUCCUCCUGCCAACAACCCCUGGCCUCUCGGCGGGCAGCCGUUCCCCUACCCUCCCUUCCCCUCGGCGCCCCCUAGCUUCCCACCCGGAUACUCAGACCCGUGCCACAGCUUCCACAGUGGGAGUGCGGGAAGCCAGCACAGCGAGGGAAGCCGCAGCAGUGGAUCCAACCCCAGUGCAGGAAAGGGCAGACGCUCCUCCCCCCAGGAGAAGAUUCACCGCUCCACAUGCAGCGAAUCCGAACCCGGCAUUCGUGGUGGGAAGAGGGGCGACAGGUCCACCAGUCAGCUGAGUCAUCACAGCCACGCCAGGUCCAGUCUCAGUCAGUCCCACAGGAGUCACGCCAUGUCACAGAACAGCCACCCCUCCUUCGCCUUCUCCAAGCCCGGGCCGGGCUCCUGCGGCCACAGCGAGAGAAGCCAUGCCUCCUCCUACGGCCCUCCAGGCCUGCCUCCUCCUUACUGUCUGGCACGUCUGGCGCCCAAAGCCAUGGUCAGCAGCAGCAGCAGCACACCGCCUGGAGCCCCUCCCGGGAGAGAACUGGCCUCCGUCCCUCCUGAGCUCACAGCCAGCCGCCAGUCCUUUCAGCACGCUAUGGGCAAUCCCUGCGAGUUCUUUGUGGACAUCAUGUAACAGGACAGUGCCUUCAAAACUCACACAGCACAAGACGAGCACCGGCCAGCCACUUGUCCCGGUGGAUCUCUCAGCAGAAUGCAGACCGAGCAAGCACAGCGAGGACUUGGAGGUCAUCUGUGGCUGAAAACAUUGUUUUGUAACGAUGUGACGUGUACAGUUAGUGAACGUGGUAUUCGUUGUGGUGAUCCUUCAAGCGUUUUUCGGAGAAGUCCUCAAAGCUGACCGGGUCUGGAUCUCAAUCCCCAGACCCACACAAAGCGCGCGCUUGGUUUUGAUUUUGGCUGGUGGUCUGUUAGCGCUGGUGAAGCUGCCAAUCCUGGGCCUCAUUUCACGUCCUGUUUGAGCCGCCGACUAAAACCGAUCUUGAUAUCUGAGCACUCUGAAGGGGGAGGUCCUGUAGCCAGCCGUCCCGCGGCACCAUUGCAUGACUGUCUCUACUGCUUUAAAGAAAUGUAUUGAUACAUUGUGUUUAAAGUAUUAACUUUGUUCUUUUUUGGAAGGGUUCUUGUUGCCAACAUUUGAAAAGACUUAUUUCAUACACUGGAUGAUUUUUGUGCUUUUAUUUAUGAUGUCUUAAUCCAGGUUGACUGACAAUCAGACAUCAACCUUUGUGAAUCCGCGCUCCACUGUCAGGCCAAGCUUACAUCCACUCUGCUGUGUUUUCACUGGAGGAGUCUGCAAACCUUGACGUGAAGAUCAACCGACAGUUGAACACUUGCCGAUUUCUUCAAGCUGAAUUCAGUGUUUUUCUUUUUGACCCUGCUGCUCUGUAACAACUAAGUCCUCCACCCCACAGGGAUUAGCAUUGGCCUCUCAUGGUGUCGUGUGGAUGUUACAUUUUGGUUUGGUCAUGUGGAGGACCUUUUCAGUGGCUCGUGUCUCGGUUCAGGCACGUGCAAACCUGACACAUCCUGAGUGAUGCCAUGUAGUGCGUGUACUGAAACUAGGAGGGGUUGUGGUGGUUAGUCGUAUCAUCAACUGGAUUUGAAAAUCUGAAAAAAAAUAUGUAAAAAGUUUCAUUACCGAGUCAACAGUGCAGUACUUUGCUGAUAUAAAUGUUCAACUCUAGACUAAGUUAAGCGCCAUUUAAAACUCAAUAUGAAGCUUCAAGAGAGAAAAACACUUGAUUCAUGAGCACUUUUAACCCCACCCCACCAUGUCUAUCAAACACUGUCUGCAAUCAAAGCUUUUUCCAUUUUAUUUUAUUUUCUUUAUGAAAGAAGAAUAAAUUGUACAUAGAAAUUUAUUAUAUAU